AUGGCCUGUAAAAUGCCAAUAGGAAUGUCUCCAUAUCAGAUUAUCUAUAAGAAGUUAUGUCAUAUACUGGUAGAGCUGGAGCAUCAGUCGUAUUGGGUGGUUAAUAGCUGCAAUGCUGAUUUUGAGGAAGCUGGUUUGAACAAGCUUCUUCAAAUCCAAGAACUUAAAGAGAUGUGUUUGGAUGCCUACCAUAGCUCUGACAUUUACAAGCAGAAGACCAAGCUUAUCUAUGAUGCUAACAUCCUAAGCAAGAGGUUCAAGAAGAGAGAUAAAGUGUUGAGGUACCAAGCUCGGUUUAAAUUCAAGAAAAAAAAAUUCAAGAUAAGUUGGGAUGGACCCUACAUUGUAGUCAAAGUGCAUGAUUUUGGGAUGACAAAGCCGAAAGAGGAGGCCACAGGCAGAAUCUUCCAGUACAACGAUCAUCUCCUCAAGCUCUACGAAGAGCCCACACAGCCUUCACAAGGCCAGGUUGUCCCUUUCCAUUCUCUUUACUUUUCACUUUUCCUUUACUUUUGA